UGAAUUUGCAUGAUUAAUAGAAACAUAUAUACUGCGAUCUUUAAGGUGAAAAUAAGGUGAGUGUCGUGUGAAAAGUGUGAAUCAGGAACGACAUUUUGCUGUGCUUUGAAUGAAGAAUUUCUUCACGAUGGCGAGCGAGAGAACACCGCUCACUACGGAUAUUCCUCCGGGUCCCUCCUACGUAUUUCCCCGAGGAUUCAACACUCGAGCUCGACAGCGACAAAUCCGGCAGUUUCAGUGCUGCAUUUGUGCUACAUUUAUGGUGAUUUUCAUUGUGGCUCUGGUUAUAACUGUUUCCUACACUUUGACUGCCGGAGGAGGCGGUCCUGUGGACAAUUCCACCAGCACCCCGGCGUCAUUUGCUUUGGAGAAUGACACAGACACUCAAUCUAACAUCACAGACGGAGCUUUGGACGCGACAACGCUUGAAGCCUUCCAAGUUCUAUUGCAACUCAGUUGGCCAAUUGCAGAUGAAAGUCCAGACAAUUGGACGCUGCCUGAGCCCACGGAGAAGGAAAUUAAGGAGUCCGUGAGUGCUGGGAAGAAAGCUCUAGGAGACAAGGAGAUUCUUGAAGAGGGAAUUCCCAGUCCAGAUUCCGGGACACCAUCUUUUCGCCACCAGAAAUCGAUAGUAUCAACUCCUGAAGCUAGGGUCAUCACGAAGCGUGGAUUCGUAGAGAAUCAGGCGACAAAAGACUUUCUUUCGCGACAUAACAAUGCCACUCGCUCAAGACGCAACUCUGCAAGGAGACACUCUGUUGGCCGGGGCAUUCCCAUUGAUUUGGGUCAACCUCCAAUCCAACUGAAUUGCUCUCGCAUAUCCCACAUUUAUCGCACAGCCAAUGGAAGCUGCAACAACAAGGAUAAUCCCCACUUUGGAGAAUCACUGACACCCUUCAGACGCAUCCUGAAUCCUGACUAUGCGGAUGGCGUUGAAGAACCCCGAAUGUCUGACGAUGGAACAAACCUGCCGUCUGCCAGGAGGGUGUCCUUGGAGAUGCACAGGCCUUCUUUUGAGUCCGAUCCCAAAUUCACAGUCAUGAUGGCGGUUUGGGGUCAGUUUCUGGAUCACGACAUAACUGCAACUGCUCUCAACCAGGGUCAGAAUGGUCAACCGAUAGACUGUUGUUCGCAAGAAGCGCAGCAGCAUCCGGAGUGCUUUCCAGUUCCGAUCGGCAAAGAUGAUCCCUAUUUCGAUGAAUAUAACGUCACUUGCAUGGGAUUCGUAAGAUCUGCUCCUGCACCAACUGGCAGAUUCGGCCCCAGGCAGCAGCUCAAUCAAGCCACUGCGUUCAUAGACGGAUCUGCUGUGUACGGAUCCACCAACAGUCGGACGUGGAUGCUCAGGGAGAGAAGAGGAGGCCGUUUGAGGAUGUUCCACACACCAGACAAUCGCACUCUCUUGCCAAUCUCCACAGAUCCCGCUGAUGGAUGCAAUGAUGCUGAGCAGAAUGCUGCUGGAAGGUAUUGCUUCGAUACCGGAGAUCCUAGGGCCAAUGAGAAUCUCCUGCUCACAUCUAUGCACCUACUUUGGGCACGACAUCACAACAAUCUGGUGGAAGGACUGAGCAGUGUGAAUCCUAAUUGGACGGACGAGAAGCUCUUUCAAGAGGGCAGAAAGAUUCUUGGCGCCCAGAUUCAGCACAUCACAUACUCAGAAUUCCUUCCAAUUCUGCUCGGAUGGGAGUUAUGUGAGCACCUCAACCUCCUGCCAAGCAAUAAAAGUGAAGAUACUUAUCGCGAUGACGUUGAUCCAACAGUUGCAAAUAGCUUCGCUGCAGCUGCUUUUAGAUUCUCUCACAAUUUACUCCCAGGACUAAUGAAUUCCACUCGCGAUGGCAAUACCACUGAAUCUAUCCAUUUGCACAUGAUGCUGUUCAAUCCCUUCUCCUUGUGGCAUCCUCGAGGUGUGGACGAAGCUGUUGCAAGCGCUGUGGAUACGAGCUUAUCUCGACCGAAUGCUCGAUUUACGACAGAACUUACCGAGCGACUCUUUGAAUCGCCAAUGGAAAGCAGACCACAAAAGCCGUGUGGACUCGAUCUCGUGUCUCUGAAUAUUCAGCGGGGAAGGGAUCAUGGACUUCCUGGGUAUCCUGAAUGGAGAAGGAAGUGCGGCCUCUCACGAGCGGACUCAUGGCAGAAAAUGCGUGGAAUUAUGGGCCCUGAGAGUGUGCAACGCUUGCAAACACUUUACCAGCGUCCUGAAGAUGUCGAUGUCUAUACUGGAGCUCUUCUGGAGAAGCCAACAAACGACUCUCUCGUGGGUCCUGUGCUCCUCUGCAUGCUGGGCGAUCAGUUCGUGCGUCUCAAGGAGGGAGACUCUUUUUGGUAUGAACGAACCCAAGGACCUCAACGUUUCACACCAGCUCAAAGGAAUGAGAUUCGUAAGACCACACUGGCUGGAAUUAUUUGUGCCAAUGCAGAUGCAGUGGAUCAAGCCCAAAAGCAAGUAAUGCGAAGUGUCGACGAUGAUAAUCAAAUUGAAGAUUGUGAUUCUCUGGAUUCUUUUGAUUUUACUCCAUGGAAAGAAAAUACAUUCCAUGGAAUUAAGGUAAAUUCAGGACAGGCUAAAGUGUCAGCGCAUCAUUCGAAGAACAGAAAUGUAACUAAACCAUUAGAUUAGUUGUGGGAAUAUGUUCCCAAUUCAACCUAAAGUCAUGGAAAAAGUGCAAAAAUUCAUAAGAAUAUAUCAGAAUUCGCUUAUUGUUUCAUUCGAAAUUUUUAAUACAAAAUAUGUUUACAUAUAAGUUGGUUAAGGCUAAAAGCUGGGUCUUGAAAAUAUUGAAUUUUAGGCCAAAAUAAAUGAAAGAAUCUUCGGAGGUGUUUUGCGUAUAUAAAUAAGAUCAUUCACCGCCAUAAAAACUCACUAAAAGGUAAGAAAUUUUAGGUCUCGUCCAAGAAUAAUUUACAAUUCUCUCUCAUACAUUAUUUCAUGAAAUUGUGAAACAUCUUGCUUUCACUUUCGCUCUCUUUGCUAUGUUAUGUUAUAAGUUUCUUAUCAUUCAAAUGUUUGUGUUUCGCGUGACUCAUUUUAAGUCGUUUGCUUAUAUUGUCUCAAAAUUGCAACAUUAGCAGUAAAUUUCCAUCCAAUAUCUUAAAAGCGUUCUCUCGAACUAUCGUUUUCUAAACUUUAUUUUCCCCCAAUCGACUUCAAUAUCGCAUUAUCGUCACACCGUCACACCUACAAUUGAAGCCAUAAUAGUGAAUUGGCCGUGUGUGUUAUUGAUGGGGGACUUACCCUGUGUAUUACUCACUGGAGUGCAUUAAGCUUCAUUUCGCUUCAUUUACAAUUUGUGCACAAGUUCGAGUAAGUUAUCAAUACGCGGUAUAUUUCCAAAUUAAGUUAUUAUUUAAUACCCAGUUAAUCACUUGUGAAAAUUAUCACUGUUAUUGAGCUGGCGAUACGGGCAAUUCUGGCGGUAGUGGAGAAUCGCUGAAGACCACGACAGUAUCAGCAGUGUGCCGAAGAUUAUCCACACGGAAAUGAAGAGGAGCCUCCGGAAGAUUGUCCAUCCAGGAUGAAGGCUGUAAAUUGUCACUUCGUCCACCGUUAA